CCGCGGUGUGUCUGAUCGCGGAGAAACUGCACGAUGGAAAACGCCAGUCGCCUCUCCACUGACAUCUUCAGCAGACUCCUGAAAUGGCACAGCAAUGUCUGCUGAGAAAAACCUCCAGCGGUCCCAACGACGCAGUCAUGCGAGCUCUUGCAGACCCAGCUCCCCGCGCAUGCGCACUACCGCAGGAAGUGGAUCGGCUGGAUACUCGGCCGCGGCUGUCAAGUCGAGCGCGGGCGCGGACUGGGAUUCUGCGGCGCGCAUGUUCCUUGUGCGGCAUGCAUCGUUUUCGCUGUAUACUUCACUGUCGAGCCGUUUGCAGAGGCUUUCCUGCUAGACCGCAAUUGAGGAUGACCCUUCAGGACAGGCCUGUGGCGUCCGUUCCGGAUCGCUUCCUGUCUACUCAUGGGCAGAAUGAACUGCGGUGGGACCUUAUGCCUGACCAGAUUAAAUGCAAAACAGACAAGCUGAUCCAGAAAAUCACACAGAUGUAUGACAACGUGGGUGCACUGGACCCAGAUGAGGUGUCUUUCGAAAAUACCUUAAAGGCCUUGGCUGAUGCCAAGAUGGAAUAUGCAGCUUUCAGGCACAUCCUGGAUUUCCCCCAGUAUGUCUCGCCGUGCCGGGAAGUGCGUCACGCCAGCACGGAGGCAGACAGGAAGCUGUCUGACUUUGACGUGGAGCUGAGCAUGAGGGAGGACAUCUUCCAGAGGGUCCUCGCUUUGCAGAGUAAGCAGCCUGAUCUGAAAUCCGAGGCCAAGAGAUUCAUGGAGAGGCUUGUCCGGCUGGGGAGGCGAAACGGACUGCAUCUCUCCAAGGAUGUGCAGGAGGAGAUUAAAUCCACCCUCAAGCUGAUCAGCAAGCUUUGCAUAGAUUUCAACAAGAACCUGAACGAGGACGACACUCACCUGCUCUUCACCGUGGACGAGCUAGGCGGCAUGGCGGACAGCUACAUAAAGGGCCUGGAGCGCAUGGAGGACGGUCGCUUCAGGGUGACGCUGAAGUACCCCCAUUACUUCCCGCUCAUGAAGAGGUGCCACGUCCAGGAGACCCGGCGGAGGAUGGAGACCGCCUUCCACAGCCGCUGUAAAGAGGUGAACACAGCCAUCUUGGAGCAGCUGAUCCCUCUGCGGGCCAGAGUGGCGAGGUUGCUGGGCUUCAGCUCACAUGCCAACUACGUGCUCGCGGUGAACAUGGCCCAGAAUAGUGCCACCGUCGCCCGCUUUCUUGAUGAAUUCCACGCGGCGCUGAAACUGGCAGGCAAGCAGGAGCUGCGCUACAUCCUGGAGCUGAAGAGGCGGGAGUGCGAGGAGAUGGGCCGGACGUUCGAUGGGCAGAUCCAUGCCUGGGACAUGCCCUACUACAUGAACCAGGUGGAGCAGGUCAAGUUCGCUGUAGACAAGGACAAGCUGAUUGAGUACUUCCCUCUGGAGAUGGUGACACAGGGGCUCCUGAGCAUCUACCAGGACCUGCUGGGCCUCACCUUUUGGCAGGUGCCCAAUGCCCACGUAUGGCAUGACACAGUCAGCCUGUACUCCGUGCAGGACACCGCCUCCGGGGAAGAGAUAGGACAGUUCUACUUGGACCUGCAUCCCAGUGAUGAGCCGGACUGGGCCGGAUUCAGACUGGCGCCCAUGGUGCUUUCUUCCAGGGAGGGGAAGUACGGGCACGCAGCCUGCUUUGGGCUGCAGCCGGGCGGCUUGGGCCCCGACGGACGGCGCAGGCGGCCGGUGGCAGCCAUGGUGGCCAACUUCACAAAGCCCAUGGCCAGCUGGCCCUCGCUGCUGCAGCACCACGAAGUGGAGACCUUCUUUCACGAGUUUGGCCACGUCAUGCAUGAGAUCUGCUCCAGGACGGACUAUGUGGAGUUCAGUGGGACGCUUGUUGAGACGGACUUUGUGGAGGUACCUUCCCAGAUGCUGGAGAACUGGGUGUGGGAGAAAGAGCCCCUGCAGAGAAUGACCCAACACUACAAGGACGGCAGCCCCAUCCCAGACAGCCUGUUAGACAAACUCAUCGCCUCCCGCGUGGCCAACAUGGGGCUCAUGAAUCUGCGUCAGGUGGUCCUCAGCAAAGUGGACCAGGCUCUCCACACGAAGCCUAGUGCUGACACGGCAGAAGAAUUCGCCAGGCACUGCAGAGACAUCCUGGGGAUUCCAGCAACUCCAGGCACAAACAUGACUGCCAGCUUUAGUCAUUUGGCUGGGGGUUAUGAUGGGCAGUACUACAGCUACCUGUGGAGUGAGGUCUUCUCCAUGGACAUCUUUUUCAGCCGCUUCAAGAAGGAAGGAGUCAUGAAUCCAAAGGUAGGGAUGGAAUAUAGGAAGGUGAUCCUGGAAGCUGGCGGCUCAGUUGACGGUGCUGACAUGCUGAAGGCUUUCCUGGGCCGUGAGCCUAGUCAGGAAGCCUUCUUCCAGUGCAAGGGUCUGCCCCAGCUGGGGGAAUCAGGCUGAGCUGGCCACGCAGCACUCGUGUUGCUCUGUGGCUGACGGGUGUACCCCAGUCAUGAGCCCAGUGCUGCGUGGGAUCCAGACCUGUUGUGACCUUGACCAGGGUGAGCAGUUAGAAGAUGCACGGAUAUAAAUACCGGGAUGAAUCCUACCUAAAUCCACAGUAUAUUGUCUUGUUUUGAGGUCUGUACCCACAGCUUAGCUUAAUCAUUCAGGUUUGGGGGUGGGGACGGGUGCUGAACCAUGAUGCACUGAAAGCUCUACCCCCCUGUACUUUAGUGAAAUCUCCCUGGGCUCUGGUCACAUGUUGACAGAAAAAUACCUCAAAUACAUGCUGCCACUGCAGCCAGUGAUAUACUGUUAUUUAAGGAUCAAAAGUGCUUCCUGUUCUGUUACUGAUAUUAUUUGGUUUUAUUCAUUUAGAAUUUGGUAUACAUUUCCAAAAUUAAAUAUAUAAUCAGCACCCUUCCAAUAGUAAAUAUAUACACAAUUGGACUGGGAAAAUGCAAUAUGAAUGUACGUAAGCCUAAUUUUAUGGUGGCUUUUAUAUUUGAUAAUUGUGUGUUCUGCACGAUUUUCCUUGUCACUUGGCCACCAGGGGGAGACACACGUCCAUGAAGUAGGGAAGGCUUUCUAAAGCGUUUUUGAAGCUACCAUUGAUUAUAAGUAAAUAAAUAGUGGAACUUGAUUUUUUAUUAUUAUUAUUUUCAUCUUGAAUAAGAUUGAGCUAUGCACUAUCCAGCCGAGAGUAGGUGUUCUUUUUUCCAGAUAAAUGUGAAAUCAGAGUUCAUGCAAGUUUUAAAGGUUGCCACUUUUUUGCAAAUAAAAACUAUUCAAUGUA